AUUGCAAAAGAAAGCCCAUCAAUUCAGGGUUCUAUGUAAUAGCCCAAGUUUGAUAUUAGCAAAGAAGCGGAGCGCAAUCCUGCAAUAGCUGAGAUCCGGAGCUCAGUUCGGAAUCUCAAUCACCGUCGUGGUUGACCGUACUCUGCCACGGUCUGUUAAAUUUGGAGCUAUGAUCAAACUCUUCGAUUCUCAUUGCCACUUGCAAGAUACACGCAUCUUAAAUUUGGCCCCUAAACUUAUAAAGGAGACCAUAGAUACUGGCGUGAUGUAUUUUUCCGUAAAUGGAGUCUCUGAGAAAGACUGGCAUUUGGUUAAGGAGAUGAGCGACGAGUAUCCUUCAGUUGUUCCCAAUUUUGGCCUUCAUCCCUGGUUUAUCUCCGACAGAACUCCCAAUUGGAUCAACAAAUUGAAGGAGUUGCUAGCAUCAACUCCUUCUGCAGCAGUGGGAGAGAUUGGUAUCGACAAAGGCUCCAAAGCAAAGCAGAUUGAUUUCAAUGAUCAAGUUGAAGUCUUCCGCCAGCAGCUUCAACUUGCAAAACAGCUCAACAAGCCAGCAUCUGUCCACUGUGUGCGUGCUUUCGGUGAUCUUCUGGACAUCCUUAAUUCUGAAGGGCCAUUCCCUUCUGGGAUUGUAUUGCAUUCAUAUCUCGGCUCUGCAGAAAUGGUUCCUGAGCUUUCCAGGCUUGGGGCUUACUUUUCAUUCUCUGGAUUUCUCAUGUCGAUGAAGGAAAGCAAGGCGAAGAAAAUGUUGAAGGCUGUUCCUCAUGACAGGAUUUUGCUGGAGACUGAUGCACCUGAUGCUCAACCAAAAGUGGAUAGUCAAGAUUCCUUGUUCUACGUCAAAGGAGGCGAUUCUUCCCUCGGCGUUGAUGAGAACAAUCCAUCAAUAUCCGAUGAGAACUUCAAUCAUCCAGCUAACAUUCGUCAUGUGCUCACUUUUGUCUCAAAUCUACUCGAGAUGGAAGAGAAAGAGGUUGCUCAAUUGAGCUAUGAGAAUGCAGUUCGUCUGUUCUCUUACGAGGGCUCAAAGGUUGUCCAGCAGGAAAAUGCUUGAGGUGGAUCACACCACUUCAUUACAACAAACCUUGAUGCAAUGCAGUAGGUAUAUAAUUUUGUCUCUAAUUCUUGUAUUCUGAAUUUCUUUGGGUUUAUACUAACGUAUUUUUUAUGCUCUUAAUUACUUUCUUCUUCUUCUUCUUCAAUAUUCAGUUAUCCAUAACCACUUGAUUAAACUGUAGAUUAUGGAAACAGAUACGUAGCUACGUCAUCGAAGCCGUGUUUAUGUUACAGCUCGCUUAUUGACUCUUAUGUUAUGUGUGUAAAGAGAACUGCGCCACACCUUCCAAUCCGAGUAAGUUACAAAUAUGUCCGAUGGUUAUAUAUAUGUAUAUAUUCAUGGAGUUGAUAGUGAGUUGUCUUUUUCCUUCUUCUAACAUUCGAUGUGUUGCCCUCUUAUUGUUAAAGAAGAGGCGUAGGUUUUAAGAUCUUAAUUGGUAAAAGGAUGAACUAACGUGAAUGAAUUACUAUAAGAUUAAAUUUUAGUCGCUU